AUGUCGGAUCACAACGAAAAGUCUGGCUUUGGGCAGCCUGGUGCUGAAAGCCCAGAUUCGCACUCAACCAAGCCCGGGGUAUCAACUGCUGUGAGCCCGCAAGCUGUUGAAUCGGUCGUAAGGCGACGCGCCAUCCCAACCGAUGCCGCCUUUGAACAAUCCGAGGACCCUCGUUACUACAAGCCAAUUGAUUCGUACGAAGGCCUCCAUCGUUGGGAUCCCGAAUUUGAGUGGGAGGAAGAGGAAGAAAAGAGGCUUGUUCGAAAGAUUGAUCUUCGGGUUUGCACCUUUGCUUGCGUGACAUUCUUCGCCCUGCAACUAGACCGGGGAAACAUCGCCCAGGCACUGUCUGACAACAUGUUGGCUGAUUUGAAUAUGGACACGAAUGAUUACAAUACCGGACAGACCAUCUUCUACCUCGUCUUUCUUUUCGCAGAGCUGCCUUCACAGCUGAUCUCGAAGAAAAUCGGCCCGGACCGUUGGAUUCCCAUCCAAAUGGUUUGCUGGAGCUUGAUUGCCGCCUGCCAGGCUUUCAUUACUGGUCGUUCAACAUUCUACGUUUGCCGGGCACUUUUGGGCUUGUUUGAGGGCGGAUUCAUUCCCGACACGAUUUUAUUUCUGUCCUACUGGUACAAGUCCAAGGAGCUUCCUAUAAGACUCAGCUUUUUCUGGAUGACAUUUGAAGCCACGGCCAUUAUUGGUGCUUUCCUCGCUUUUGGCUUUUUACACAUUCACACCAGCGAUGGAACAGGUCAAUGGCGGUAUCUCUUCGCACUUGAAGGAUUAAUCACCGGCGUCAUUGGAAUUUUUGCCGCCUUUUAUAUGCCCCCGUCCCCGACAGAGACGGCUGGGUGGGUUCGAGGCAAAAAGGGCUGGUUCACUGAGCACGAGGAAAAGAUCCUGGUUAACCGUGUCAUCCGCGACGACCCCAGCAAAGGCAGCAUGCACAACCGGCAAGCCAUAACGUUCAAGCUUCUUUGGGAGGCCCUUUGCGACUACGACAUGUGGAUUAUCUAUCUCCUCGGCCUUGUGUGGAUGAUUCCACCCUCUCCUGCCACCAACUACAUUACCCUGGAGCUAAAAGCGCUCGGUUUCGACACUUUCCAUACCAAUCUACUGACCAUUCCGGCAUAUGUUAUAUUCAUUAUCAAUUUGGCUCUAUUCGUCUGGAUAUCUGAACGUAUUAACCAACGUCUUUUGCUUGGUGCAUUUGCCGAGAUAUGGAAUUUGGCUUUACUGGUCGCUCUCGAAACCCUCCCAGCAGGAGCUAGUACUUGGGUUCGCUAUACCCUGCUCAUUUUGCUUAUUGGAAGUCCCUAUAUGCAUGCUGCCGUCGUGGCAAUGACUUCUCGAAACGCCGGAUCAGUCCGUACGCGCACCGUCGCGUCAGCUUUGUACAACAUGACUGUGCAGGCCAGCAACAUCAUUUCAAACAAUAUAUAUCGCGACAGCGACAAACCGUUAUACCGUACUGGAAACAAGGUUCUCAUUGCCUUGUCCAUUCUGAGUUUCGUACUCUUUAUAGCGGCCAAGUUUUACUACGACACGAAAAACCAACGCCGAGCGCGCAUAUGGGACGCCAUGAGCACCGAGGAGCGGGAUGCAUAUUUGACUUCUAACAAGGACAGCGGAAAUAAACGGUAA